CCAAGGUGGCCCGGCAGGGCUCUGGGGGCCUCAUCAACCCAGGCGGGCCGGUCCCCCGACCGGCGCUGCUGAGUCUCAGGAAAUGGAGGAGCUGGGUUGCUGGGGAACCAGCCCGACCGGCUCCCCGGCUGUCAGCACCUGAGGAAUGCCAAACCUCCGCUCGCCAGGGCUGGGUGCUCACCGAGGGCUGGGUGUUUGCCGGGUGACUCUGCCGGUCCGCCCAGCCGCGGCGUGCCGGUGCAGGGAGCAGCACCCCGAGCCCUGCGCAGUGCCUUCGGUGCGGUCGGUCAGUGCAGUGCCCACCCGGCGCGGCGGGACCCUCGGGCGGCAGGGAUGGUGGUACCCCAGGUCACGCAUGGGUGAGCAUCCCAAGAGGUGCUCUAAGGAAACACAAAGUUACCACCUGUGUGCUCGAGAUCCCCAGAAUGUUCUAAAGGACCACGGAGGGGAGGACCAAAGUCCAAAGGGAUGGGCUCAAGGUUUGGGGUCUCAGCUCAGCUGGAUCCCGGUGCCUCUCCCUGCAGCUCCACCAGCCCUGCUGCGUGGUGGCAGGGCCCGCAUGGAUCUGCCGUUCCAGCACAGUGAGGCGAAGGGCUUCGUCUCCAGUGCCGAGCUGAGCAUGAAGCAAACAGCAGCACCCGGACCCGAGAGCCGAUCCCGGUUCCAGAAAGUCUCACUGGUGUCACGACGGCUGGAGCACACAGCAGGAGGGGGGGCCCGGGAUGGCAGCCCCUCCCGCGUCUCCCUGCUGCUGCAGGCCUGGGAGAGGGAGAUCGUGGAGAAGACGGCGUCGGGGCCGAGUGCGAUGACGCAGCGCAGCUGUUCGUCCUCUGUCAGCAUCCUGAAGGACUUUGCAGCGCACGGCCCCAUUUUCUCACAGGUCUUCUCGCCACGGCGGCGGGAGGAGAAGCGGGAGGAUGACACAGUGCCUGCACCCAGAGAUGUCCCUGUGCACCGUGAGAGCUACAUGCACGGCGUGCUGCUCCCCACUGCGCCCCGCUGCCAGCGCUCAACACGUGACCCCAAGCCCAGGGCCAGGCAUGUCACUGUGCUGCGGGAGGGCAGGGAGGCAGAGGAGGGCAGGAAAACCCAAAAUGGAAUGUGCAAAGCCACCACUGUGCCCCCAUCGCAUCAGAGAGGCUGUAAGCCGGAUGGUGGUGGCAUCACCAAGAUCACAGCACGUGGCAAAAGCUCACUGAACACCCUGGAUACCAGGGAAUCCUCCGGGGAGAAAUGUCCAAAGCCAAAUGAAUCCAUGUCCGAUGCAAUGCCAAGAGGCAGAGACAAACCCCAGGACCUGCGAACCAGUACAACCAGUGCCCAGUGUCCUCUGACAGAUCAGUCUGGAGCCAGAGAAGGAGGUGCAGUGCACAGGGAUGGCUCUAUUUCAGCCAUACAGCCCAGGACAGAGAGCUCUGAGGAAACUGGUGGCACCUCCAAAAACAUCUCCAAGGAAGCAAGCAAUGGACCUGAGCUGUUACAUGGAGCACGAGCAUCUCCAAAAGACACAGAAGUUGAAAUGAAGGAGGGUGAGAUGGUGAAGAAUCAUGAGGGUGUGGCCCAGGAUACCCAGAGCAUCCCUGAGCCUCCUAUGGAGAGCACUGCAGAGCCCCAACCUGAGAACACUGCAAAGCCCCAGCCUGAGAGUGUCCCAAAGCCUCAACCUGAGAGCAUCCCAAAACCCCAACCUGAUAGUGUCCCCAAAUGCCAACUUGAUAGUGUCCCAAAACUUCAACCUGAGGGUGUCCCAGAACUUCAACCUGAGGGUGUCCCAAAACUGCAAAGUGAGAGUAUCUCAAAGCCUCAACCUGAGAGUGCCCCAAAACUUCAAUCUGAGGGUGUCCUAAAACCUCAACCUGAGAGUGUCCCCAAACCCCAACCUGACAGCACCCCAAAAUCUCAACCUGAGAGUUCCCCAAAACUUCAAUCUGAGGGUGACCCAAAACCCCAAGGUGAGAGCAUCCCAAAACCCCAACCAGAGGUGGUCCCCAAACCCCAACUUGAGAGCACCCCAAAACCUCAACCUGAGAGUGUCCCCAAACCUCAAUCUAAGAGCAUCUCAAAGCCCCAAAGUGAGAGCAUCCCGGAGCCCUCCCAUGAGUCCCUAGCUCCACCAUCAGAGGGUCCCCCAGAUGCAUCCGAGGAGGAUCCUGAGCUGGUGGUGGACAUGGAAAUCUUCGUGGACACGCUGCGCAACAUGGAGCCCUCAGAGAUACGGAAGGCAUCCAAGGUUCCGCGCCAGCCCCGGCCCUCAGCACUGGGUCGCUGCACAGCACUGCCACCCAUCCAUGAGGACCGCGUGGCCCCACGCACCCACAUCUCACUGCCUGUUGCCCUGCAGGAGCUGCUGGCAUGGGGAGGGGGGGGACAACGAGCUGAGACCCCCCCAGAGGGCACUGAGAGCCACGAUGAGGAGGAGGAGAUUGAGAACCCCUACCUGAGCCCUGGGGAGAAGGCACUGAGGAAGGCUCAGAAUGGCAAUGGGGAACUGGGUUCGCUCCUGGGGGGGCCGAUGCAGGGCAGGGCCACGGGUGAGCGCAGUAUUCUGUUCCGAGGGAAUGUCCUCAAAGGGAUGGCACUGCUCUCUGACUUCCUGGAGCACCGUGCAGCUGCAGCAGAUGAGGCCAAGCCCUACUCACGCCUGGACAACAGCAUGCUUUACAGCCGCUUCGUGUCCUCUGCCAGCACCCACAAUGGGGUCUCCAAUGGUAUGGGUGCUGGUGACCAGCCCAGCACUGAGCUGGAAGCACUGAGUCAUGACCACAACCCUUCUGUUCCUGAAGAGCCAGAGAGCGCCGGAGUCCCAUGCCCCACUGACAUCCCGCAGGAUGACAAGGAGGGCUCUGUGAAGAUAAACGCCAGACCCGGAAAGAUCAUCCUCUUCUCUGAGGCCGGCUUCGCAGGGCACAGACGGGAGAUCUGGGGUGAUGUCCCCGACGCUACAUCUUGGGAGCUGUCACACAAAAUCUCCAUCAGGGUCAUCCGUGGAGGGUGGGUGAUGUAUGAAAAACCACGGUUCCAUGGACGCAAGUGUGUGCUGGCAGAGGGGGAUGUGGAGAUUGACAACCCCUGGAUAGUGUAUGGGCAGAGCGAUGACUCACGUGGCAGUCGGCCCUUCCGCAUCGGCUCCUUCAAGAGGGUGGUGAAGGUGAGCAGCUGGAAAAUGGGGUGCGGAGCCCUCCCAAAUUCAGCCACCCUUCAUUCUGUGCUCUCCCCACACCAGGAUUACUGCACGCCUGAGAUCAGCCUGUUUGCUGAGGAAAACGGAGAAGGCGCCAGACUGCAGUUCAGCAACUCGGCUGAGGAUACCCGCAUGCAGGGGCAGCCACUCACUGCUUCCUCCAUCAUUGUGCACUCAGGACUGUGGCUGGUUUACUCCAAGCCCUUCUUCGAUGAUGACCCCUAUGUCCUGGAGCCAGGCGGGUACCCCAACCUGAAGGCCUGGGGAGCAAAGGAUCCAUCCAUCUGCUCCAUGCAUCCCAUCAGGCUGGGCUGCCCGGUGGUGGAGUGUCCUGGCGAGCCGCAGGUGCUGAUCUAUGAGGACAGGGGCUUCCAGGGACACAGCUUCAUCAUCAGCCGGGAUGUCUACGACCUGAAGCGCCUGCCCGAACUGCUGCUGCCCACCGUGGGCUCAAUGCGUGUCCUGGGUGGCUGCUGGGUCGGCUAUGAGAAGGAGGGCUUCCGUGGCCACCAGUACCUGUUGGAAGAAGGAGAGUACCAGGACUGGCGGCAGUGGGGUGGCUACGGCAAGGAGCUGAUGUCCUUACGGCUCAUAAGGACGGAUUUCUCUGACCCAGCACUGGUGCUCUUCGAGGCCAUGGACUUUGAGGAGGGUCCCAGCGUGGAGCUGAGUGAGGCACUGCCCGAUACACAGCUGGCUGGCUAUGGCACCGUCACACAGUCCAUCCAUGUGCUGAGUGGUGUGUGGGUGGCCUACGAGGGCCCCAACUUUUCAGGAGAGCAAUACAUCCUGGAGAAGGGAGUGUAUCGCAACUUUGAGGACUGGGGAGCCACCAACUGCCGCAUUGCCUCGGCACAGCCCAUCCUGCAGGUUAGGGAACACAACCUGCACUUCGUCUCCAAGAUCCUGCUCUUCUCGGAGCCUGACUUCCUGGGGGAGCACCUUGCCUUUGAGGACGAGCAGAGUGCCCUGCCUGACAGCUUUGUGCCCCGCUCCUGCAGGGUUCGUGGGGGCAGCUGGAUCCUGUUUGACAGCCAGGCCUUCACUGGGCAGCAGCAUGUGCUAUCCGAGGGUGAGUACCCCACGUUGGGUGCCAUGGGCUGCCUCUCCUCCACCACCAUCCGCUCCUUGAAGAAGGUCCCAGUGUUCUUCUCAGAGCCCUCCAUCUUCCUGCACGGCCUGGAGUGUUUUGAGGGGAAGGAGAUCGAGUUGAACAGUGAAGUGCGGAGUCUCCAGGCAGAGGGUUUCAACAACCACGUGCUGUCAGUGCGUGUCAAAGGCGGCAUCUGGGUGCUGUGUGAGCACGGUGACUUCCGAGGCCGCCAGUGGCUGCUGGAGUGCACUGAGAUCACCAACUGGCUGACCUACAGUGGGCUGCAGCACGUCGGGUCCCUCUACCCCAUCCGCCAGAGACGGAUCUAUUUCCGCAUCAGGAGCAAGGAGCUGCAGCUCUACCUGUCUGUCCCUGAUGAUGUGGAGGACAUGAAAGCAGGGCGCGUGGUGGUCUCCAGCCUGAGUGAGCAGAGCAGCUCUGUCUGGUACUACGAGGAUGGGCUGCUGAAAAACCAGGUUGCCCCCGCCAUGAGCCUGCAGGUCAUCGGGCCAGCUGGGAAGGGAGCAAAGGCCGUGCUGUGGUCCGAAACCCGGAUGCCACGUCAGACCUGGAGCAUCAAUUCUCAGGGACGGAUUCACAGCCAGAUGUUUGAGGAUAUGAUUCUCGAUGUAAAAGGCGGCCGAUCAUACGACCGGGACCAUGCCAUCAUUUGGGAGGUAGCUGAAGAACGCCCCACACAGAUCUGGGAGAUACAGGUGCUAUGAGCAGGGAGCAUGUGGCCCUGGUGCCAGCAAGUGUAACAGGGAAGGACAGGAACACCCUGCAGUGGUGGGAGCUGCCUCCUGCCCCGCUGCCUGGGAGCAGCUGCCAUGAAGGAUGCCAUGACCACCCCCAUUGCCCACCUCCCUCCUGGAGCACCAUGGACACACGUGCUGCUGACUGCUGUGGGACGCACUGAGUGCAACGCAGCAGAGCCUCUUCCCCACCCCAUUUCCCUCUCUGAACUGUAUUUAUGUACGUGUGUAAGAUACGGCCCCACUCGAGGG